AUCCGCAUACACCCACAACCAUUGCAACCAGCAACCAGCAACCAACCGACUUGGACCUUUGCUUGAACUUUGACUUCUAAAGCUCUUUUCUGACUUGAAUCUCAUUUUGCACACACACGAAGACGAGACGAGAAUGCCGUCGAAUAACAACAGUACAGCUGGUCAGGGUGUCAAGAACUUUGUUAACGGGCGUAUGCCGGGGUUGUUUGGGGCCAAGUUUUCCUAUAAACCUCAAGCACCCACAUCUUCUUCUUCUGGUCCGACGAAUGCACCGCGUCCAUCGAUUGACAGCACCACAGCAGCUGCUGGUCCCGCUUUCGGAACUCGUGCGAAUCGCCAGUUUUUGUUUCCCCAGCCGGCUCAGGCGAGUAAUACGACAGUGGUGACGGCAAAACAGCAGGCCCCCGAUGCUAGUGACGCGAAUUUGUUGAGGGUCAAGUUGGAGAAGGUCGAUGAAGUUAUGGGACGCGGUGGGGAGCACGCGGGUGAUUCGGAGAGUGAUGAGGGUACGGUGAAGAUGGAGAAAGGGGAGGGUGAAGUGAAGAUCAAGCAAGAGAAGAUUGAAAAGGUUCAGGGGUGAGUUUUUGAGUGGGUUUAAGGGGGUGUAUGCUAUGGUUUAGGGAGUGUAUGCUGAC